UAUGUGUGUGAAAGUUUGAAGUUUCAUGGUUUGGGAGUGAGUGAAAGUGGAAUAGAUUAUAUGCUUCAGUUUAGAUUUUUCUUCUUUGGAAACACCAAAACAACUUAAGGAUACCGUAAAUUUGUUGUUUCUUUUUUUCCUUUUUUGAAUUUUUAGCUAAUUAAACAAGAAGGUUCUAAUUGAGGUUCAACUGGAUCUCGUUUUGCAUCUGCGACAGUUUUGAAUUUGAGUGCUUUCUAUGUGUUGAUUUGCUUAGUGAAGCGUUUUUCAUUUCACGUUGAUUAUUUUUUUUCUUUUGGACUCAUGCUAAUUUUGUGAAAUUCGUUUUCCUGUAACUGAAGAGGGUCUGGAUCGGAGCUCAAAUCUGUUAAAUUAUUGUCUGUGGACGUUAAGGUAGCUAAUUCAGGAGUUUCAUUCGUUUUCUCAGCUUCCUUGAUUCGUGUGAAAGUGAAAAAUGUUUUGUUUGGAAGGGUAUUUUUGUCAUUUAGCUACCGGAUGGUGUUGUUGGGACGGAUUAUAUAGUAGGUCUGUUGCGUGUGUCCUUCCCUUUCUAUCCGGCUUGUGGAGUGCUCAAAUGACAGAAUUGACCAUCUACCAUUCUGUCUUUGACUCUUGUGUCCACCUUGGAUUGAAUUAUCUGUAGCUUUCCAUUAAUACUGCAGCCUUUACUGAAAGGUAUUUGUGAAAUCUCACUCUCUAAAACAAGGAAACGGUGAAGUUGAACUGUGUUGUGUUGGUACCUUCUCUGAUGGCCCGUUGAGACAUUUUUCAAGAAGUAGUAAAGCUCCUUCUACAAUAUUUUUUGACUUGGUGCUUUCCUUUUGGAUCUUACAAUGGGAAACAGUGAGGAAGAGAAAUCUACUAAGACUGAAAAGCCUUCUUCACCUGUAACAAUGGAUCAGGCGAAUCAGACCAACCAGACCAAUAUUCAUGUCUAUCCUGAUUGGGCAGCCAUGCAGGCAUAUUAUGGGCCAAGAGUCACCAUGCCACCAUACUACAACUCAGCUGUUGCUUCUGGUCACGCUCCUCACCCGUACAUGUGGGGGCCACCACAGGUACCUAUGAUGCCACCUUAUGGGCCUCCUUAUGCAGCAAUUUAUCCACAUGGAGGGGUUUAUACUCACCCUGCAGUUCCUAUUGGGCCACUUACACAUAGUCAAGGAGUUCCAUCUUCACCUGCUGCUGGGACUCCUUUGAGCAUAGAGACACCACCCAAAUCAUCUGGAAAUACUGAUCAGGGUUUAAUGAAGAAAUUGAAAGAGUUUGAUGGACUUGCAAUGUCAAUUGGCAAUGGCCAUGCUGAAAGUGCAGAGCGUGGAGGUGAAAACAGGCUCUCACAGAGUGUGGAUACUGAGGGUUCCAGUGAUGGAAGUGAUGGCAACACUUCAGGGGCUAAUCAAUCAAGAAGGAAAAGAAGCCGUGAGGGAACACCAACCACUGAUGGAGAAGGGAAAACUGAGAUACAAGGCAGUCCAAUUUCCAAAGAGACUGCAGCUUCUAAUAAGAUGUUGGGAGUUGUCCCUGCCAGUGUUGCAGGAACAAUAGUUGGACAUGUAGUUUCUUCAGGUAUGACCACUGCACUGGAGCUGAGAAAUCCUUCCAGUGUUCAUUCUAAAACAAGUGCCCCACAACCUUGUCCAGUAUUGCCUGCAGAAGCUUGGGUACAGAAUGAGCGUGAGCUGAAACGGGAGAGGCGGAAACAGUCAAAUCGAGAAUCUGCUAGAAGGUCCAGACUAAGGAAGCAGGCUGAAACUGAAGAACUGGCACGAAAAGUUGAAUCCUUGAAUGCUGAGAAUGCAACACUGAAAUCAGAAAUUAAUCGACUGACUGAAAGUUCUGAAAAAAUGAGGGUGGAAAAUGCUACAUUAAGGGGAAAACUUAAAAAUGCUCAACUGGGACAAACCCAAGAGAUAACUUUGAAGAUAAUUGACAGCCAGAGGGCUACACCUGUAAGUACAGAAAACUUAUUAUCAAGAGUUAAUAAUUCCGGUUCUAAUGAUAGAACUGUGGAGGAUGAGAAUGGUUUUUGCGAAAAUAAACCAAACUCUGGUGCAAAGCUGCAUCAACUGCUGGACACAAGUCCUAGAGCUGAUGCUGUGGCAGCUGGUUGA